UCUCCGCCUACUCUUCCCAGCCCGGGUUGCACUAAGGCCGGGAUGUCCCUCUGUUCCCAGGUCAGUGCCCUGCCAGCAGCAGAGAGUUAAGCACCGGACUAAAGCCGAGGGAAACGGGAUUAAGGGGGCGGGAUUGUGGGAGGGAAAGAGGACGGGCGUGGAGGGCCGGCCAGAGUUCCAGCCCACGCAGCGAUCCCAAGAGAAAAUCGUCCCCAGCCGGGAGAGUCCCUCUCCCUAGUGGACACCACAGCCAGCUCUGCUCUCGUCCCUCCCUUCCGUGGCUGGGGCUGUAGGAAACUUUGUCUCCGCUAACUUGCAGCAGGGGCGCCGGUGGGCGCGGAGCAGCUGCGGCCGACGAGGGGGUUGCUGGGGGCGCUAAGGCAGGCGCUGAGCCGCGCACUUCAGAGAUGGCCCCUUGGCUGGGGAGGAGGCGGCGGCGGCGGCUGCCGCUACUGCUUCUCCACCUCCGGCGCCGCUGCCUCCACCUCCUUCUCCCGGGCCUCCUGCUGCUACUGCUGCCGCCCCUGCCACCUCUCUGCAGCGCCUUCAACCUGGAUGUGGAUAGUCCCGCCGAGUAUUCUGGCCCGGAGGGAAGUUACUUCGGCUUUGCGGUGGAUUUCUUCGCCCCAGACCCUUCCUCGAUGUUCCUUCUGGUUGGAGCUCCCAAAGCAAACACUACCCAACCUGGCAUUGUAGAAGGAGGACAAGUGCUCAAGUGCAGCUGGUCUUCUAAUCGUGUAUGCCAGCCAGUGGAAUUUGACUCAACAGGCAAUAGAGAUUAUGCCAAGAAUGAUCCAUUGGAGUUUAAGUCUCACCAGUGGUUUGGAGCUUCCGUGAGAGCUAAACAGAAUAAAAUUUUGGCCUGUGCUCCAUUGUAUCAUUGGAGGACUGAACUGAAACAAGAGAGAGAACCUGUUGGAACAUGCUUUCUACAAGAUGGAACAAAGACUGUUGAGUAUGCUCCCUGCCGGUCAAGAAAUAUUGAUGCUGAUGGACAGGGAUUUUGUCAAGGAGGAUUCAGCAUUGAUUUUACAAAGGCAGACAGAGUACUUCUGGGAGGUCCUGGCAGUUUUUAUUGGCAAGGUCAGCUCAUUUCUGAUCAAGUGGCAGAAAUUGUGUCUAAAUAUGACCCCCGUGUAUACAGCAUCAAAUAUAAUAACCAAUUAGCAACUCGGACAGCUCAGGCUGUUUUUGAUGACAGCUACCUAGGCUACUCCGUGGCUGUUGGGGACUUCAAUGAUGAUGGUAUAGAAGACUUUGUUUCUGGAGUCCCGAGAGCUGCAAGGACAUUGGGAAUGGUUUAUAUUUAUGAUGGAAAAAAUAUGUCUUCUUUGUAUAAUUUUACUGGAGAACAGAUGGCUGCAUAUUUUGGAUUUUCUGUAGCUGCCACUGACAUUAAUGGGGAUAAUUAUGCAGAUGUGUUUAUUGGAGCUCCUCUCUUCAUGGAUCGUGGGUCUGAUGGCAAACUUCAGGAAGUGGGUCAGGUCUCCAUAUGCCUGCAGCAAGCUUCAGGAGGUUUUCAGAUCGUAAAGCUGAAUGGCUUUGAGAUCUUUGCCAGAUUUGGUAGUGCUAUUGCCCCUCUGGGAGAUCUUGACCAGGAUGGCUUCAAUGAUGUUGCGAUUGCUGCCCCCUAUGGGGGAGAGGACAAACGAGGGAUUGUUUAUAUCUACAAUGGAAGAGCCACAGGCUUAAAUUCAGUGCCAUCUCAAAUCCUAGAAGGACAGUGGGCUGCCCGGGCUAUGCCACCAAGCUUUGGGUACUCAUUGAAAGGAGCCACAGAUAUAGAUCAAAAUGGAUACCCAGAUUUAAUCGUGGGUGCUUUUGGUGUGGACCGAGCUGUUUUAUAUAGAGCCAGGCCAGUUAUCACUGUAAAUGCAGGCCUAGAAGUUUACCCCACUAUUCUAAAUCAAGAUAGUAAGACCUGUCCACUCCCUGGCACAGAUGUCAAAGUUUCCUGCUUUAACGUGAGAUUCUGCUUAAAGGCUGAUGGCAAAGGGAGGCUUCCGGAGAAGCUGAAUUUCCAGGUUGAACUUCUUUUAGAUAAACUGAAGCAAAAAGGAGCCAUUAGGAGAGCCCUCUUUCUCCAUAACAAAUCACCUGGACACUCAAAGAACAUGAGUAUUUCAAAGGGUGGUCAGAUGCAAUGUGAGGAGCUUACAGCAUAUCUACGGGAUGAAUCUGAAUUUAGAGAUAAGCUCACUCCGAUUACCAUUUUUAUGGAGUACCGUUUAGAUUACAAGACUGCAGCUGAUGUAACUGGAUUGCAACCCAUUCUUAACCAGUUUACUCCUGCCAAUAUUAGUCGACAGGCUCACAUUCUACUGGACUGUGGUGAAGACAAUGUCUGCAAACCCAAACUGGAAGUUUCUGUACAUAGUGAUCAAAAGAAGAUAUAUAUCGGCGAUGACAACCCUCUGACGCUGAUUGUUAAUGCCCAGAAUCUAGGGGAAGGAGCGUAUGAGGCUGAGCUCAUUGUGUCCAUUCCACCCCAGGCAGAUUUCAUUGGUGGUGUCCGUAACAGUGAAACUUUAUCAAGGCUGUCCUGUGCAUUUAAGACAGAGAAUCAAACACGCCAGGUGGUAUGUGACCUUGGAAAUCCCAUGAAGGCUGGAACUAAACUUUUAGCUGGUCUUCGUUUCAGUGUGCACCAACAGUCAGAGAUAGAUACUUCUGUGAAGUUUGAUUUACAGAUCCAGAGCUCUAAUCUGUAUGACAAAGUGAGUCCAAUGGUAUCUUACCAAGUUGACCUUGCCAUUUCUGCUGCUGUUGAGAUAAGAGGAGUCUCAAGCCCUGAUCAUGUCUUCCUUCCUAUUCCAAACUGGGAGCAUAAGGAGAAUCCACAGACUGAAGAGGAUGUUGGGCCUGUUGUACAACACAUUUAUGAGCUGAGAAACAAUGGUCCAAGUUCAUUCAGCAAGGCGAUGCUAAACCUUCAGUGGCCUUACAAGUAUAACAACAAUACUUUGCUAUAUAUCCUUCAUUAUGAAGUUGAUGGACCAAUGAACUGUACUUCAGAUAUGGAGAUUAACCCAUUGAAAAUUAAGAUUUCAACUCCUCAGAUAGAUGAAAAAAAUGAAACAAACUUAGGACAAGGUGACUGGAGUCAUCACAUCACUAGGCGGGAUUUACCUCCCAAUGAAGGGGAUGUACACACUUUGGGAUGUGGGACUGCUGAAUGCUUGAAGAUUGUCUGUCAGGUUGGUCGCCUUGACAGGGGAAAGAGUGUGAUCCUAUAUGUAAAGUCUCUGCUGUGGACUGAGACUUUCAUGAAUAAGGAAAAUCAGAAUCAUUCAUACUCACUGAAGUCAUCAGCUUCAUUCAGUGUCAUAGAAUUUCCCUACAAGAACCUCCCUAUCGAUGACAUCCACAACUCUACAUUAGUUACCACUAAUAUUACCUGGGGUAUUCAGCCAUCACCCAUGCCAGUGCCUUUGUGGGUGAUCAUUUUAGCAGUUCUUGCUGGAUUAUUGUUAUUGGCUGUCCUGGUCUUUGUAAUGUACAGGAUGGGGUUUUUUAAACGGGUCAGGCCACCUCAGGAAGAACAAGAAAGAGAACAGCUUCAACCUCAUGAAAAUGGUGAAGGGACUUCAGAUGCAUAACAACUUUUAAUUUAUGCAACAUACUUAAACUUUAGAAUUGCCAACUUCAUUAUGGAUUUCAGUUUCUCUGAAGAGGAAUAAACACUCCAUGACUGCACUGCUGAUCACACCCUUUGGCAUAGAUGAAUAACCAUAAACAACUAAAUGAGACAAUGUGUCAGCCAUCUCUUGUAUUAACCAUGUUUCUAAUCCAACUAGUAAUGCACAUGCACUGACAUGUGUGGAAAUCAUAAGUAUUGUUUAAUGAUUUUGAUAAUCAGAUUUCAAUAGACUGUGCCCUGUUUGAUGCACAUCAGACUGAUAUUUCUUGAAUUGCCACUUGGAUUUAAUGAAAAUCUUAAAACCAGCAGCUUUUGUAGUUACUGUUGCUAACAAUGGUUUUGUUUUUUAUUUUUCUCUUUAAGACAAUACUUUAUUUGGGCCUUAGUGUCCUAUUCUUUUGUACAGAUUCAUACUGUUAAUAGGCAUUACACUACAGGUGAUUUCCAAGCUUGAAUUCCUUUUAGUAUUUUACUAUCUAUGUGACUCCAUCAGACAUCUUUCCAGAGACCAUAAAUGAACUAGCUAUAAAUGUGGCAGUCAGAAUCACUAAAAAAUGUUUGAGCCUUCUGUUUUUAUUGCAUUUUAAUUUUUAAAAAAUUGCUUUUGUUUCAGGACAAACACUUAGUCAGUCAGUCUGUACUAAUGCAAAACAUUAAAUGUCUAAUUGUAAACUUUUUUAUAGUAAUUGAAUUUUAAUAAUUACAUUAAAAUCACCUUCCUGAAAACCAUGUAGGGACUUAAAGCAUUCUAAAAUUACCUCUAUUCCCAUUUUUAUAAUUAAAUAAUUUGUACGUACUCCUUAUCAAUCAAAUAUUUAUGGGUGUUUAAUUUUAAUCAACUUUCAGGAAGUAAUGACAGGCUAUAUUAUAAGUUAAAAUCAUAUGAAUGAAAAGAUUGUCAUUGUUGACGCAGCUGUUACUGUUAGUUCACUGGGUUCAGCCAAUGUUGUAAUUUGAAAUUGUUUAUCUUAAAAUACAUUUUCUUCCUAUUUUGAAACUGACACAGAAAAAAAUCUCAAGAUAAAUGGAAAUGAGUUUACUUUGUUCUGAAUUUGCUCUUCCCUCCUUAGCAGAAAUGUUUAUUUGUAAAACAGAAUUAACUCCACCCCCCAACUCAGCUCACCAGUGGGCUUAUUUCUUAAAUAAGAUGUUACUAAUAUAAAGUGCUUUCCUAGUGUUAAGAUUAGUUAUAAACCAACCUUUAGUUUUUCCUAGUGUAUAAUAAUUUAUAAAGGCAAUUAAAAAAAUUUCCCAUAUAAAAACACGAAUAAGGCUAAUUUUCUAGGCAUUGUAACGAUAGCUGCAUAUGCAGGGAACUUGUAUUUUCAAAUCCCUGUGGUGGUGAAUCUUCAAGAGUGAGAUUUUGAUGUGCUCACCAUGCUUUAGGAUUUGAGCAUAAUGAUAUCAGUUGAUUUUGACUUUGCUAUUGCUCUCUGUAAGGACAUUAUGAUGAUGCAAUUAGGAUUAAGAAUGCUGAACACCAUUUGUAAAGUUUAGUCUUCAUUAUACAGUGUUACACAUUUCUUUUUCUUAAAUCAGAUUUUUUUCCUUAAGUUUCACAGGGAGCCUCAAAGCAUUUCUGCUUUUCUUUGAAUAAUUUUCUGUACAUGAGAUAAUGUUGGGUUAUAGUCACAAAGUCAAAGUACUAUAGUGAGCUUACACAAAUUAGUUGCUUUGAGAAGUUCUUUAUAUAAUUUUAAUAAGCAUAUUGUUUGGCAAAAGAAUUUCAAAUCAGAUGUCUUUCUGGAGCAGUGCUUUUUGCCAACAAUUUUUAAAGGGAUCUUACAAGUACAGUAAAUAUUUUAUUAAUGAACUUGGUAUUUCAUAAAGAAAUUAUUUGUGAUAAAUAUCCUAAAGGCCUUGUCACCAUGUAGCCUUUUUGAAUUUUACUGACACCCCUCAAACAAUCACUUUAGUCAUUUUCACAAUUGAUACCAUUUACUACUACUGCAUCUUUUAUAUGGCAAUCCACACUCAUCAUUUAAAGUCACAGAAAUGAUUAAAUUAGACAUGUUGCUGUUCUCUUCUUGACUGUGCCUGAAAUCAAAGUACAUUCUAGUAAUGCAGAAUGGAUGAUCCAUUAACACUGGAGAUAGUAGUAAAAAAAAACGAAAUAAAACUUAAAACAGUAAUGUGACUCAUGAAAAAGAUGGAGAAAUGCCAAACCUGAUUUAAAAAAUAUUGUGUAAUUUAUAGAUUUCUCUUUCUGAAGCAAAUAUUUGAAAAAGAAUUUAAAUAAUGGUUUUUACUUUGAAGUAUGAUGUGAAUGUAUAUAGUUUUCCAUAUAAUAAUCCUAUAAAUAUUUUUUGUCUUGCCAAAAACGGUACUACUUCGUUAAUGGGUAUUUACAAUUUUAGACGUAUACCUUUUAAUUUGAUUCUUAGAGACAGUAUAAUAAUGAAUUUGAAAAUCUUAAUUGGCAACAAAGACACAUUUAGUAUGACCUAAAAGGCAAAGUAUUAGAUAUGUUUAAAAUUGCAUUUUAUAAGAAACUUUUGCUGAUAGUCUUACUAGCUCACCCCAUCCUUUCCUUCCCCAUCCCCCAUUUUUUUCUAAGUUAAGAGUCUAAUUUUGGUGACAUUGUUCUAAGAAAUUUUGAAACAUAAGAAAAAUAAAAACAAAAACAUUAAUAGCCAUUUUUCUAAGAAUGAAUCACAAUUCCUCAAUUUUAAAACUUUUUUAUCACACCUAUUAAGGUAACAAUUACUUUCAGAGAAAAUACAUGAACUAUUAGAAAAUUAGCCUUUCAGAAUUAAGAGAAUUAUGAAAUAUUUUAAAAAUGUAUCCAUUUCUUUGAAAAAAAGACUUUAAUGGCAAGGUUGUGAUAAGUGCUGCAUUUGCUAGUUUUCAUAAAUGAAAUUGGUCUCUGUAGGUUGGUGUUUCUUCAGAAGGUUACAAAACUUAAUGCUAAGAGGAUUAUCACAUAGCUGUUUUUCUCUUUCUGGCAUCCUACUCAUUGGUAACCAAUCAUUAGCAAUAAUACCACCUUGUUUAAAGGUAAUCUAUUACCUGUGGUAAUCUUGUACAUGUAAAAGAUAGUUCCUCAUGGAAAAGAAACAGAAUUGAAAAAUGUGUACUAGAAUGAAGAAGCUUAUGACUCAUUCUUAAUUUUGUAGUGUACCUUUCUUUACUUGGUGAAGUGGUUUGGAGUAAGCCUCUAUAGACUGCCAACAUGAAGAGUAUAUGCUAGGUAGUGAAAUUUUUGGGGAUAGGUACCGAAUCUUUUCUUUUUUGUUCUCAAGUGCAAUAUAACAAUUUUACAAGACAUGGGUAAUUUCAAAGUUAUUAAUUUAAUAGUCCUUAAUCUAAUAAAAGAUUGUGUUUUUGACAGUCUGAUUCUGCUGUUCUUAUCAGGCAAAAGAACUUUGCCUUUAUUCCAUUCAGAAAGUUGAUUUUAGACUGCACUUAGGUAUUAUUUCUAACUAGCCUAAUGCAUUAAGAAGAAAAUACUGUACUGCUUAAUAACUUAUAUCUUGAAAAAUAGACAGGAGCCAUGAGCUUAGAGGUCCAUGAUCUGGGACGUACUAAAGAUCCUUUAUUAACUUCCUUCAAUUUCAGUGGAAGUUUUACCUAUGUUAAAGAAGUGCAUCAUUAGUUCUAUGUGGUUUUAAAGCAUUUUAUGGCAACUUAGAAAAUACAUGUAUCAAAUUGAGUUGAUACAUAAAAACUGUAGAAAGCAAUUUUCUUUAUUACUUACUCUGACCACCCAUAUUGGGUAUGACAUGAAAAUAAAAUUUUUCAUUUGCUAGCUCAGUGAUUUGAGUUAGAUAAAAAUUGAUACAGUGCUCUUGCAAAGUGUUUGCAAAGUGUAACUAUAGUGACUGUACAAUAAGAUUGGGCAGGGCAUGUGAUGCCACUUCUGCUCCUGUUCUUUAUAUUUUCACUGUAUCUUUUCUUUAAAAAAAAGGUUUUUUUGACAAAAUGAGCCAUCAGUAAUGCACUAAAUGCUAACCUUGUGGCCAUAAAGAGAGAGAAGGAAGAAAAACAAAAGUAAAAGCAAUCUGAUCUUAAAAUAUAUUCUUAUAAAAUCAGUAUACAUGGAAAUGACAGCGAUCCUUAGAUUUUAAGCAAAAUAUAUAAGAAGUAAAAAAGUCAAUAUCACACUGACCUUUAAGAAUAAGAAUGGUUGUUAUUUGCAAAACUAGACACUUACCUCUUCAUUUUAUAGAAAGACAUUUUUUGGCAUCUACAAUGUUAGUGCAAUAAAUGUUAGUAAACCUUUUUUUCCCCACAUAGCUAUUCAGUAAUACAAGAUUUAAGAAAAAUCAGCUUACCCCUUAAAAUUUUUGGAAUAUAUCCACUGAUCAAAUAUUUACAAUUCAAAAAAGAAUGGAAUUAACAUAAACAAUCCCACCAAUAUAUUCUAGUAAAAGUAAAACAUACUGAUAAGAGGUCUAUGAGUUAUAGUGCUCCAUUUGGAAAAACAGUUACUAAUAUUAACUCAUAAUGGGGCUAAUGUGAUAUGUGUUUCUUAAUUAAGUUUUAUCUCAGACAUCCUCUUUCCCCUCUGUGAUAAGGUUUGUUUGUUGAAAUGCACUCUGUUUUUUCCAAAUAUAUUUUAAGAUGUUUAAUGGUGGUGUUCAUGGGUAAAUCCUAUUGUAAAUAUUCAUUUUUGGUCCUGAGAAUUUUGCAAUAAAAUACCUCUAUGUACAAAACCAAA